AUGCCUUCGCUGCCAUCAUUAGAGGCUUUUGCCAAGGGAACCGCUGCUACCGUAGCUGGUGUUGCAACGCUAGGCUGCGGACUACUAUACUACGGACAGAAUUAUCUCAUUUACCCAUCCGCAUUCCCCCCGGGCUCUCGCACAGAGGUCCCAGUGCCAACGGAUUUUGGACUUGAAUAUCAGGAUUUACCCCUUGUCACUGAAGAUGGGUUUACUUUACAGACGCAUGAAGAGUUUGCAUCCACUCGACCGACGGUUUUGAUGUUCCACGGUAACGGCGGAAAUCACGGUCACCGGAUACCUCUCGCAAAAGUAUUCUACGUCAAAAUGCGCUGCAAUGUACUCAUGCUCUCAUACCGCGGAUAUGGUCAUUCCGAGGGUUCUCCAUCAGAAUCAGGCAUACGUAUAGAUGCGCAAACGGCGCUCGACUAUCUCGCCUCGCACCCAUGCCUAAAUAAUACUCCCGUUAUCCUUUACGGCCAAUCUAUUGGCGGUGCUGUUGCUAUUGACCUUGCAAGUCGAAAUUCAUCAAAGAUCGCAGCGCUAAUCCUGGAGAACACAUUCACGAACCUCCCACGUCUCGUACCCAAAGCUCUUCCUCUUCUUGGCCCUUUUUCAUUCCUUUGCCAUCAAAAAUGGGACUCGGCUUCGAAAAUACCUCUAAUACCCCGGUCGAUGCCAAUUUUGAUGCUGAGCGGUGUUAGGGAUGAAGUUGUUCCACGCGAGCACAUGCAAGAGUUAUGGGAGAUUGCUUCGCGACGCCAGGGUACCAAAUCCAGCGGUACUGGAAACAAAUCUGACAUAUCGGAAGUCGGCAAUGGAAAGUCGAGAUUCCUUGAAUUCGACGGAGGACAUCACAAUGAUACGUGUGUCCAGCAGGGAUAUUGGACUGCAGUCGCUGACUUUGUGGCAAGUUUGAGCCGGCAUUAG